GGGCUAGGCUGGGUUCUGUUUCAACUGCUUGCAACAGAAAGCGCAGCUGCCGGGCAACCUGAUGGGGCAUAGCUGGAUAGGUUAGGGGGCUUUUGCUUUGCAAGAGAGGGCGGAGGGGGGGGGGUGAUCUUUCAGAGGAAAAGCGGACCGACGUGGGAGCAGGAGAUCCACUGGGGGAUCUGGUAUCUGGGAGAACAGGAGGAGGCUGGACUGCAAUGGGGUGUAUCUGAAAGUGAAAGCCCAUCUGCACUGAAAGGUUAUAUUUAGGGGGACGGGAGAUUAUUUUUUCGGGGUGGGGAAGGGCGAAGGACGUGGAGAGGACACAGCCUCGCUCAGGGGACGGGCCUUGAGGGUGCCUCCUGUGAAAUGGGCCUAUUUGGCUGCUGCAGGGGUUGGUGGCUGCAGUAGGAUCAGCCCUUGAGAGGUCAGCCUUUCCUGGCCUCAAGCUGGGGCCGUCCAGGUAAGGGGAGGGUUGGCAGCUGGGGAAUGGCCUCUCCGUCCAAACAGGGGUCUCCCGGCGGGGCAGGGCUGCUGCAAGGGAGCAGGACCCGAUCCUACGGCAGCCUGGUCAAGACGGUCAGCUCGCCGGCGCGAGAGAGGCGGCUGGAGCAUCGGCUGGAGCCUGCGGACACCCUCCAGGGGUUGGCGGUCAAGUAUGGGGUCACGGUGAGUCUGCUUAGAAAGGAGAGGGGGUCAUGAUCCUUACACGUACGCUCAGAAAUGGCUUUUACAGUGUUGUUGUUACCGUUCAUAUGUAAAGCCCUUAACGGUUUGGGACCAGAAUUUUACCUGCGAUCGCCUUAUCCCAUAUGCACCGACUCUGCCCCAUUUUGCAUUUGUAAGAGCUCAGUCUUUGGAACUCCCUGCCACUUGAUAUUGGGCAGGCGCCUUCGCAGUGCUCUUUUCAGUGCCUGCAAAACAACCAUUUUUGUUUAGACUGGCCUACCCAGAUGCUUCGAAAGGUGACGUGUGUUUUUAAUCUUUUUAGUCUACUGCUAGUUUAACUUUUCGAAUGUCUUAAAUUAUUAUUGCUAAUUUUUCUUAGCAACAAUUUCCUUUCCCCCCUUUUUUUUUGCAAACCACUUUGAGGGGUUUUGGGGGGGGGGCAGGCAAGCAGUAUAUAAAUUUUAUGAAAUGAAUAAAAUAUUAAGCUAUUACAUGUACAUAUGUACACAUUAUACUUACAGAUGAGCAACUCUGAGUAAGCAUGCAUAGGACAUCGCUGCAUAGCACCACUGGCUUUUAGCAGCCCCAUUUUUAAUGUGCAUAUAUAUGCUUGUUGGUAUAAUAUAGCUGGAAGGGAAAAUUCCACCACGUGCAUUUUAUGCAUUUACCCAGAACUUUGAAUGAUGGAAGAAGCAUACAGCUGGUGGAAAUAUUCUUUCUGAUACAACUUCUGUGGGACAAGAGACAUGUAUCUUGAUGCAUUACCUGCUUAUUUAUGUACCAUCAGUAACUAUAAGACCUCCUGUGUUAAGCACAACUGUCUUUGGACAAAUCCAGCUGAUAAAUCAUUUUAACAGCAUAUAUAUAUAUAUAUAUAUAUAUAUACACACAUAUAUAGAUUACCUCAAGAUUGACUCUAAAAUGAAGAGGAGAACCGUCUCCUCCAGAAACCCCUGGAGCUGAGAUGCCAGUUCCUUGCUCCGAAAUGAGAUAUUGGAAUCUGGCUGAUAAAUAUCCAAUACUGUUGAGAUUCAGGAAGGGCCUUUUGUUGUUGUUGUUGUUUAGUCGUUUAGUCAUGUCCGCCUCUUCGUGACCCCCUGGACCAGAGCACACCAGGCACUCCUGUCUUCCACUGCCUCCCGCAGUUUGGUCAAACUCAUGUUGGUAGCUUCGAGAACACUGUCCCACCAUCUGGUCCUCUGCCGUCCCCUUCUCCUUGUGCCCUCCAUCUCUCCCAACAUCCGGGUCUUUUCCAGAGAGUCUUCUCUUCUCAUGAGGUGGCCAAAGUCUUGGAGCCUCAGCUUCAGGAUCUGUCCUUCCAGUGAGCACUCAGGGCUGAUUUCCUUCAGAAUGGAGAGGUUUGAUCUUCUUGCAGUCCAUGGGACUCUCAAGAGUCUCCUCCAGCACCAGAAUUCAAAAGCAUCAAUUCUUCUGUGAUCAGCCUUCUUUAUGGUCCAGCUCUCACUUCCAUACAUCACGACUGGGAAAACCAUAGCUUUGACAAUACGGGCCUUUGUUGGCAAGGUGUUGUCUCUGCUUUUUAAGAUGCUGUCUAGGUUUGUCAUUGCUUUUCUCCCAAGAAGCAGGCGUCUUUUAAUUUUGUGGCUGCUGUCACCAUCUGCAGUGAUCAUGGAGCCCAAGAAAGUAAAAUCUCCCGCUGGUCUUUUAGCUGCCUCCUUUAGGUGUGCUAGAAUCCUUCCUUGUUGCAAUAAGUCACUGACCACUCCCUUCACCCCCUCUGUUCGCCCUUCAGAUGAGCCAGGAAAGGCAAGUUGCACAUGGUCUAACAGAGCAGAUGUGAGGAACCUGUGGCCUUGCUGCCUAAGUUGGAAGCUGUAUGCUGGGGAUUGCAGGUGGACUCAGGUGAUGCUCCGAGCAUCUGGGUGGCCACCGUGAGGACAGGAUGCUGUCAGGCGUCGGGAAAUCUGAUCCCUCCCACAGUGGGUAGCCAGUAAGCAGAUAACAAGAAGAGUUCCUAAAGGUAAAGGGACCCCUGACCAUUAGGUCCAGUUGUGGCCGACUCGGGUUGCGAUGCUCAUCUCGCUUUACUGGCUGAAAGAGCUGGGGUACAGCUUCUGGGUCAUGUGGCCAGCAGGACUAAGCCGCUUCUAGCGAACCAGAGCAGCGCAUGGAAACACCGUUUACCUUCCUGCCGGAGAGGUACCUAUUUAUCUACUUGCACUUUGAUGUGCUUUUGAACUGCUAGGUUGGCAGGAGCAGGGAGCGAGCAACGGGAGCUCACCCCGUCGCGGGGAUUCAAACCGCCGACUGGCAAGCCCUAGGCUCUGUGGUUUAACCCACAGCACCACCCGCGUCCCUGAAGAGUUCUUACCAAGUCCUUUAAUCUAUAUUCACAGAGAGAGGCUUUGAUAAGUGUCCCUCCAUUCCAGUAGUGGCAUUGCUCUGAGUAAAGUCCCACCUUGGAUCAAAUCUAUGCUUCUAGGUGCCAUAAGAAAGCUGCAGAGAUAGCGCAGGAUAGUGCACACCCCGGAAAUGAUCUCUUUCAGCUUCUGCCUUCUGGAAGAAGGUACAGGGUUAUAAAGACUAGGACUAGCCGCCUGAGAAACAGUUUCUAUCCAAAUGCGAUUUUGGUUUUAAAUGCAGUGUAAGGUAGUCUCUUGGGACGCGGGUGGCGCUGUGGUCUAAACCAUAGAGCCUAGGGCUUGUUGAUCGGAAGGUCGGCGGUUCGAAUCCCCGUGAUGGUGUGAGCUCCCGUUGCUCAGUCCCUGCUCCUGCCAGUCUAGGAGUUCAAAAGCACGUCAAAGUGCAAGUAGAUAAAUAGGUACCACUCCGGCGGGAAGGUAAACUGCAUUUCCGUGUGCUGCUCUGGUUCGCCAGAAGCAGCUUAGUCAUGCUGGCCACAUGACCCGGAAGCUUUACGCCGGCUCCCUCGGCCAAUAAAGCGAGAUGAGUGCCGCAAUCCCAGAGUCAGCCACGACUGGACCUAAUGGUCAGGGGUCCCUUUCCCUUUAAGGUAGUCUUUGUGGGAGUACAGUCAUACCUCGGGUUAAAGAUGCUUCAGGUUGAGCGUUUUCAGGUUACGCUCCACAGCGACCCGGAAGUAAUGGAAUACGUUACUUCCAGGUUUCGCUGCCCGCACAUGCGCAGACGCUCAAAAUGAUGUCACACGCCUGCGUGGAAGCGGCGAAUCGUGACCCGCGCAUGCGCAGAUGCACAGACCUGGGUUGCGUUCGCUUCAGGAUGUGAACGGGGCUCCGCAACGUUGUGGCGUAUCCCAGCUUGAUCAAGCACUUGGCACUGCAAAAUUUUAACAACGCUAUACUCAGGUGCUCCAGCAAAAAGACAAGGCUCUUGCUCUGCCCAAAUUAUGCCAAAGUGAGCUCUCCCACUCAAUUUCUGCUGUUUUACAUGUUUCCACAUCCAUGAGGUCUAGCAGCUUGCUUUGUUAAAUAGCCUUUUAUUUAGCAGCUCUCCCCUUUCCAUUCCAGACAGAGCAAAUCAAGAGAGCAAACCGGCUGUACACCAGCGACUCCAUCUUCCUCAAAAAGACUCUCUACAUCCCUGUACCGGUAGAACCGAAGGCGCUGUUGUCCAACGGGUUAGAUCUCGAGGAAGAUGAGGAGGAGAAGGUGGAAGAAGGGGAGACGGGGGCCUUUCAGCCUGAGGCCCCCAAGAAGCAGAAGCAUCCGCGGAAGAACGGGGCGUCAGGGGCCUCUGCCCCCAAGCACGACCUCUCUGCCGCGGACUUCCUGUUCAAGCUGGACUCUGAGAUCCGCCGAUCCAAGCAGGCCGCCACAAAGAAGCUGCGGGAAGGGGGGAGCUCGUGAGUGACCCUGCUUUUUCCCUUUUCCGUGGGUCCCAAGGGUCCUUCCUCCUCUGCUUCCCCCUGCCCCCCCAGAUUGGGCUGUGUUGCUCUUCAAGCACGAUGCAACAGGAGCAUUGUAUUUAGGUUGCUCGGAGCAAGUGAGUUAAGCUGCGUUGUGGGAAAAGGGCAGACAGAGGGUUGCGGCGCUCAUCUCGCUUUAUUGGCCGAGGGAGCCGGUGUACAGCUUCUGGGUCAUGUGGCCAGCAGGAAUAAGCCGCUUCUGGCAAACCAGAACAGCGCACGGAAACGCCGUUUACCUUCCCGCCAGAGCGGUACCUAUUUAUCUACUUGCACUUGGACGUGCUUUUGAACUGCUAGGUUGGCAGGAGCAGGGACCGAGCAAUGGGAGCUCACCCCGUCGCGGGGAUUCGAACCGCCGACUUUCUGAUCGGCAAGUCUUGGGCUCUGUGGUUUAACCCAGAGCACCACCCGCAUCCACAAGGGGCACAACUGCAAAUCCUUGUCAACAGCAGCUGUAGCAGAACACACACCUCUCUCUCUCUCUCUCUCUCUCUCUCUCUCUCUCUCUCUCUCUCAUAUUUCCCUUUCCCACACUUCAGGGUUUCUGGGAGCGAGCCAGGAUCUCCCCACUCCACGGCCGCCUCCUCUCCCUCCUCCUACCAGAACGAGGCUUCUUCCCGCGCUGUCCUGGGCCCCGUGCCCCUCACCAAAAUUGCCCGUGCCGACACCCUCCGCGACCAAGAGGACGAAAUCUUCAAGCUCUGAGCAGCGCCACUUCCCUCCUUCCGCUGUCCGUGGGGCUCCGGCGACCGCAAGAGACCCUCCCCGUCCCUUUGCCCCCCCACCCCACCGGACCCACCGGUAAGGGGACUCUACCGCUGCAAACAGCCAAGGAGCCGGGAAUUGUUUUUGGAGGACGGACGACCCCCGUAGACGGGCGCUUCGGAAGGGGCCUCCGCGGCGUCAGUAUCAUCGACGACCCAUUUCUGCCUCCUGGAUUUUGAACAGACUCUUUGUGCGUCUUUGUCUCUGUGUACCUUCGUUUCCUCCCUCCUCCUCCUCCAUCAUAUUUAUCACCUGAAGUGCUUUCUCGCCCGUCCUCAAAGUCCGAGGAUAUCCUUCCCUUAAUGCCCCCCCCCGUGGUAUAUAUGGUGCGGCUGGCUGAACGGAAGCGAAGGGGGUGCUGUUGUGCUGUGGGAAACCUCUCCCUUGUUUUCUGAUGGUCAGUUUUGGGCUGGGGUGGCCGCCAUGGGAUCGCCGUUGGGCGAGGGCUUGUUGGGUCCGUGCUCGACUUAACGGUGGGAUCCCUGAGCCGUUUCAGCCCACCCUCUUCCACCUCCGAGGCUCCAUCUCCUCACCCCGCAGACUUCCGGUCCUCUUGUUGUACUGCCUCCCCUGUGAUUAAAACAGCUGGCAGUUUUUGCUGACUUCCAAGUUUG